GCAGCUAGAUGGGUUCCCCAGGGCACCUGCAGUGCAGCAAGAGGGAGGGAAAUGGGCCAGACUGGAGGGUCUGAUGGUGAAGGGUCACAGGCAGGGGGGCACCUACUCCCUGUCUGCAUUAGAGAAAUCUGCACUGGAUUAAGCUGUGUAGGUGUGAGCCCUGCUUUACAUGAGCCCUCAUUAGGGGCUUGCACCAAUGUAGUUACCAUGACAGUGACCCAAAUGCAGCCUGGGAUGGGAUUUGGAGGGUUUAAAAAUGUCAAAGGUACAUACAGCAAAACUAAUGGGGGGCUUGAGGCAGUGAGAAGGGCUGGGGCGGCUGGUGUAGUUGUGAAGCUAGUGAAAUACUGUGCAGAGAUGGCAGGUAGUAGUCAGGGGCUGCGUGGGAGCAGAGCAGGCUGGAGAAUCGGAAAGAGAAGCAAUAGCGAUUGCCUCAUUAAAAUCACAAUUGUAAAAAACAAAACCAGAGUCCAGGCUCUUAUUACUGCAACCCUUGCCCUCCCUUCCCUCCUCAUUGUUUGCGGCUUUCACUCAUUGUGUCUACUCCCAGUCCUGCAGGUAUCUGUGCAGCUUUAUGUCUGUUGGAAGCAGCUCCGCGGUAGUGAGUGGGGCUACUCAUUUUAAGUAAAGACACCCAUGUAAGCAAACCUUCAUGAAUUCAACUCAGUCCCCUCUUUGAACGGCCAGGAUCACAGCGGGGGAAACUGAGGCAUGCAGUGCAAUGCCUUGGUCAAGGUCAUCCAGCACGUCUAUAGCAGAGCCUGGAGGAAAACCCCACCUCCUGACACCCAGGCCAGUGAAGCAACCACAGCACUGUCCUUGGAAUACGCAAUGAGAAGCUCACUUUUAUCUUCAGGAAGUGGAGUGGGUGGAAAAGGACGAAUUUGCUUCCGGUUAUUUUGCUGAAAAAUCUCCUGCUAAUUUCAGUGGGGGCUGAAUUUGUGGGCCUGGGAUUAAAGAAUUUUUUUGCUUCCUCUCUAUUAGGAACCUGUUGGUAAUUUAAACCCUCUUGUAGCCGGCAGUGGAUUGAUUGAAACCUUCACCAAUGAGACCAGCAGCUGCUUGAGCUCACCAAUGAGUGGAAGCUGGAGGCCGAGCUCUGCUCUCUUGCCAGUUUGACACUUCUAUGGUUAGAGGUGCACUUGGGAGCUGUGGGGAGGCUGGCGAACAGACAUGCUAUUCAGGACUGGCAGAUGGCUGUGUUUGGUGCUCUAUCUCUGCGCCUGGCCUUUCGUCGAUGGUUUACGCGUCCAUGAAUAUUUAUAUUUCCAAGUGCUGAGUCCCGGAGAUAUCCGCUACAUCUUCACUGCUACGCCGGCCAAAGAUUUUGGAGGCGUGUUUAACACGAGAUACGAGCAGAUACACCUGGUCCCGGCAGACCCUCCGGAGGCAUGCGGGGAGCUAAACAAUGGAGUCUUCAUCCAAGAUCAGAUCGCCCUGGUGGAGCGUGGGGGUUGUUCCUUCUUGUCGAAGACGCGGGUCGUCCAGGAGCACGGCGGGAGGGCGGUGAUUAUCGCCGAUAACGCGUACGACAACGACAGCUUCUACGUCGAAAUGAUCCAGGACAGCACGAGGCUGACGGCGGACAUUCCUGCUCUCUUCCUCCUGGGCAGGGACGGGUACAUGAUCCGACGCUCCUUGGAACAGCACGGACUCCCCUGGGCCAUCAUCUCCAUCCCCGUCAACGUUACCAGCAUCCCAGCCUAUGAAAUGAUGCAGCCUCCAUGGACCUUCUGGUAGUGGGGAGAGAAAGGGAAGGUCUUGGAGCCUUCUGGAUGGAUUUGGUGAAUGGAUUGCCCUUGAAGAACAGCCCCUGCCUGCCCCAAAACUCCACAAUCCAAACUCGCUGGGUGAUUCCCACUGGAAUUAUUGUGCUGCAGCUGGUAGCCAGCUAACCUCAGACAUCAUCGCAUCAUUCACCGUCACCACCGGAUGACUUCCUUAGUAACUAUUUCUGGGCGGGGAGGCAGAUAUCCCAGAGUCUGAGAGGCCAGAGCGCGCUAGAGAAGCAUUCUGAGGAGCUGUAAGAUAGCAGGGGCAUUGCAAACCAUGGCAGGUGCGCACUGCCGGUCUCAAGUGAAAUGGUACCGUGUGGAUAAAGCAUAAAGAGGGGAAAGAGUAAUGCACGGGGGAUCAUUCUGUGCUAGCAGGACCCGCCAGGUCGGCCAGAGGUUUAUAGUUUUCGGCCGAGUGGCGCCAGAAGCCUAAACUCAGGCAAGACGAGGGUGCCUGGAGGAGAGAGGAAGUGGCUGUGUGUGGGUUUGUUUCAGAGAGGGGGUUCAGAAGGGAGAAAUCCUUCCUGUUGAAAUCCAUGGGAGUUAGCACCUAAAUCUCUUUGAGGAUCUGGGCUCGGACUCCGUCACGUCUAAGGAACGAGGCUGCUAGAGCCUGAGGCUGUUCUGGAGCCAGCCCAUAACCACAAGCGAAUACAGGAAUAUAAAGGGCCAGAUUCACCUCUAGCGUAAGCCAGCGCGACCCCACUGGAUAACUCCCACUUCCACCUAGGCUCAGUGGCCAGGCCAGGCAAGGCACUAAGAGAUGGACACAGUGUAGGUGCAAACCUGGGACAUCUGAAAUACUGACGGGGGGGGCAUUUUCCAACCCGCUCUCUGCACCGAACAGACGUAUGGGAACAGGCUGACCUCUUGAGAGGCCCUGGCCCGGCUAGGCAGCCCCUUUCUCCUGAUCAUCUUUCCCCAUCUGCUUGCACAAUGCUGCUUCACGUGGCUGAAGUGUCUCUUCCCAGGUCGCUUGUAGGCCAGGCCUCACUCAACCAUUUUACCAUAACCUGGCACAAGAGCAUCAAGCCACGCCCCCAUCUUUGUGUUGUGCUGGUGAUUGGUCCACUGCCCUCAGGUGUCCUCUAGUUGGCUGAAGAAGCCACCAAUAGAUAAGCAGGGUGGUUGAGGCCCAGUGCAUUAUCCUAAAAAGCAGCGUCCUAUGCAGGUCUUUUAAGUGACUGGAACCUCCUUCCCUGUUUUCUUCCCCAGUAGUUUCCACGGGUCAGUAGAUUUCCAGUUUCCCCAGCAGAUCUCUUGCUCUGCACAUUGGGUGAGUUUUGGCUCAGCCUUCGCAAGAAGAUACAAUGGGGCAGCCGGGGCAGCAGCGGGAAAGGUCGGACUGUCGCCGCCUGCCACUGUAUCGUCAUCUCCAGAUCCAAGGCU